AUGGAGCUUGCCAUGGCCACUGGCAGCAGAAGCAGCAGCUUGGUCACCGGCUUGAGGUGCAGGACAGGUGCAGCGGCAGCGGCAUUCAGAUUCAGUAGUGGGGAUCGCCGCCGCAGCUGGAGGACGACCCCAGUGACGGCGUCCGGCCGUGGAGCCCGCAGGCUGACGGUCUCUGCAGCAGCCUGCAAGACAUGUAAGGGAAAGGGCGCAGUAGAAUGCCCAGGGUGCAAGGGAACCGGCAAGAACAAGAAGAACGGCAACAUUUUCGAGAGAUGGAAGUAG